AUAUUUUGUUGUUCAGAAAAAGAGUAACUCGAAAAUCUUCCCCUCACUGUAUGAAAAGUGAAAACCUCCUCCGUUACUCCGCCACAUUCAAACCCUAUACAACCUGUGCAGUGUGCACCGAUUCUAUCCUGUAUCUACAACCCUCGCUCUCCAAACAACUUCAUGACAUCGAUUGUUGACGAUGCAGAGUAAUCAGAAUAUUUUUUUCAAACAGCAUCAAUUCGAUUACCAGUUCUACCCAACCUCACAUUCACUGUUUCGAUACAAAGCGAUCUUCACAUCAUCAUGUAUUUCAACAGAAUUCAAUUCCGUUGAAUUCUCAACCAAACACGCCACAAAAAGAAUUUUAGUUUUGUGCUCUCAACUCACCCAAAAUCACCACCAAUGUCGGACCUGAGAUCCGGCGGCCGUAAGCUCUCCUUCGACGUUCUCACGACCUCCGACUCCUUUUUCGAUGAUGAAACUUUCUUACUCAGAUCCGUUUCCGCUCCUCCUAUUAACCAAGGGGAGGGCGUUGCUAUCACCAAGUCUAAUCGACGGAAACGCAAACACAAGGGCUCAAAAAAGAAGAAGAAAAAGGAUGGCGAUGAACUUGAUUUGAAUAACGAUGGUAGGUCUAAUGGUUUUCUUAUUAAUAGUAACUGCCAUAGUGGUGAAACGAUGACGACGGUGGUGUACGAGGAAGCUUUUUUGCCGGCGGAGGAGAAGAGUGUUUACCCAGUGACUAGUUCAGUUAGGGAAACACCUGAGUUGAGGCAAAGGAGUAGCGUUUGCGGUGUUGGUGUUGGUACUUCCGGGGAGGAGGCAAUGUCAAUGUAUCGGAUUGAGGAGAAUGUCAAGGAGGUAGAUGAUAGUAGUAGGACUGGUAGUCUCUCCGGCAAGGAAUUCGAUACUGAAUUAAUGAUGAAACAAACGGCUGAGAUGAACGUGAAUGGGCAUCAUGUAGGUAGGAAACUGGAAAAGGAUCAAUCAUUGGAUUGGAAACGACUGAUGGCAGAAAAAGAUCCAAAUCACAAGUUUUUGUUGGAGAGGUCACCAGUUAAAUACUUGUUGGAAGAAAUGAAUGGUGGAAAUUCGUUACGGAUGACCACAACCCUUGCCAAUGAGAAGGAUCGGGAAAGAGUAUAUGACACUAUUUUUCGCAUGCCAUGGCGUUGUGAGUUGCUCAUAGAUGUAGGCUUCUUUGUGUGCUUGGAUUCAUUCCUGUCACUGUUAACGAUCAUGCCAAUUAGGCUUCUCACAAGCUCUUGGAGGCUUUUGAAAACAAGGCAGUUGAAGUCGCUUUCAGCAGCGGAUCUUUCUGACUUUGGAUGUUUUCUUAUGCUGGCUUCUGGAAUUAUUCUAUUACAACAAACAGAUAUCAGCCUGAUCUAUCACAUGAUUAGAGGUCAAGGAACGAUCAAACUCUACGUGGUGUAUAAUGUAUUGGAGAUAUUUGAUAAAUUAUGCCAAAAUUUUGGUGGAGAUGUGUUGCAAACACUAUUCAAUACUGCUGAUGGUUUUGCAAAUUGCUCACCAGAAAACAUGAGAUACUGGCUUUGGAGAUUCAUCUCUGAUGAAGCUUUAGCUGUGAUGUCGUCAAUCGUUCAUUCUUUCAUCCUAUUAGCCCAGGCAAUCACCCUGUCGACCUGUAUAGUUGCACACAACAAUGCGUUGUUUGCUUUGCUGGUCUCAAACAAUUUUUCAGAGAUAAAGAGCAAUGUUUUUAAACGUUUCAACAAGGAUAACAUACAGAGUCUCGUAUAUUUUGAUUCAGUGGAGAGGUUCCAUAUUGCAUCAUUUCUCAUUUUUGUCUUGGCUCAGAAUAUUUUGGAAGCUGAAGGUCCUUGGUUUGAGAAUUUUCUUUAUAAUGCCUUUGUGGUUUACAUAUGUGAAUUAAUGAUUGAUAUAAUCAAACAUUGUUUUAUUGCUAAAUUCAAUGAAGUAAAGCCCAUUGUAUAUUCUGAAUUUCUUGAAGACCUUUGCAAACAGACUCUAAAUAUCCAGCCUGACAAUCCAAAGAAAACCCUUACGUUUGUCCCUCUGGCACCGGCUUCUGUGGUGAUACGAGUGUUGAGUCCAGUUUACGCAGCCCAUAUUCCAUGUGGGCCGAUGGUAUGGAGAGUUGUGUGGAUAUUUUUGUUGUCAGUGAUGACGUUUGUGAUGCUGACAAGCCUCAAACUCAUCAUAGGAAUGGGUCUUCGUAAACAUGCUACUUGGUAUAUUAAAAGGUGCCAAGGGAGGAAACUCCACUCCGAUUAAAUAAUCUUAAUAAUAAUAAUCAUAUAUAGAUGGGUACAUAUUUUUUUUCUAGAGGAAAAGUAUAAUUAUUAUCGACAUCAUCAGUUUUGAUUAUUUAAGGCAAAGGAAUUGGUAGAUUUUGUGAAAUGUUUGGACCAUCAACUAUUUUGUUUAAAAAAGACAACGUUACAGACGUGAAUAACACUAGGAUUUUAAAA